AUGGCCAUACCAGGUCAACGUUUCGAGCUAGAUCUUGACGCACCUGAUUUCGCAUUUAAGACUCUCGAUGAAGCUGUGCUCCCAGAUCUUAGUGCGUCGUUGGCGGUAAACGACAUCCAGGAACAUGACACUGAUGCAGUACCUACUGCGCCUUCCCUAAGGUCAUCCAAAUCCGGUUUCCCCGAGCACAAGCGUCGCCACAUCUCGACUUUUAAAAAGAAACAGCAGGCUGCGACUCCCUCACCACGAUAUUCUGCUCCCACUCAUAUUGAACCCUCGGACCGAGCAGUCGUUCACCAUGUGGGCAAGAAAUACGGGGUCGAUCUCGAGAGUCAACAGAAGGCUGAGAUCAGCGAGGAAAACGAGAGACGCAUUGCUGAAAUGUCAAUAGAGGAUGUUGAAGAGGCCAGGGCCGAACUGAUACGGAAUCUUAACCCAGCCUUCGUCGAGCGCCUGUUGAAACGUGCCAACAUCGAUGAAGACGUGCAGGAUCAGGCGCAGUGGCCGCAAGACACAGAAGAGCAGGCACAAGAAGACCACAGAGGUACCCACACGGACUCGAGUACGCUCUCAGAUACACAAGUACCAGCUCCGUCGGCUGGUCCUGCUUCUUUUGUUCACUUUCCUACACCGCCUAGAUCGAAAGACGAUUUCAUCCCCUUAGACCCAAACGAUCCUUCCUUCUUUACCGAGCUCAGAUCUCACUAUUUCCCCGACACUCCUCAUGACCCGUCCUCGUUGAGCUGGCUGCAAGAUCCUACAGAAGAAGAGAACCAAGCAUCGUUGUAUAACCCGGAAAAGGAAUCAUUCCUGGCUUCUGCCCUGCGGUUCGGCUUCAAUGGCCGGUUGAUAGCGCCGAAAGAGAGCUUGGAGAUAGAUGUGAAGCAGGGUCUGCAUCAUCAUGGUGACGACCCUAGCAGCGCAGGCUAUACAAUACCCGAACUCGCAUUGCUCGCACGGUCAAGCCUACCUAAUCAACGAUGCAUGGCAUAUCAGUUAAUGGGCAGGGUACUAUUCAGACUCGGAAGGGGAGAUUUUGGCCCGAGAGGCGGUGAGCUCCAGGAAGCACUCUGGUCGGUCAUUGAGAGAGAAAAACCGCUGGAAGUGAUGAUGGCUGAGGCAAAUCGGCAGUCAGGGCAUGCUAGCGCCAAGGCUCAUGCCGUCGAAGCACUAUGGCUUUGGAGAAAAGGCGGAGGUGGUGACAGAGGUGUUUUGAAACCGAAUCAGAAAUUGGCCAAAUGA